AUGCUCGCUGAAGAAUGCAGAGCACUGAUUCAAAAGGGACUUCCCCCUAAACGUGAAGAUCCUGGGAGUUUCUUUCUACCCUGUGCCAUUGGUAACAUGACCAUCAGCAAGGCGCUGUGUGACCUAGGGGCUAGUAUCAAUCUGAUGCCCUCCUCUCUAGUGAAAAAGCUGCGCAUGAAAGAAGUGAAACCAGUACAGAUGUCUUUAGAAUUGGUGGACAAAUCAGUAGUGUACCCAAGGGGUAUAGUUGAGAACAUUCUAGUCAAAGUAGAUAGAUUCAUUUUCCCUGCUGAUUUUGUGAUCUUGGAAUCUGAUGAGGAUGAUAGUGACUCUAUUAUACUGGGAAGGCCAUUCUUGGCCACUGCUAGGGCCAUUAUAGACGUAGAAAAAGGAGAGUUGACCCUUAGGCUACAUGAUGAAAGGUGUCACACUGAGUGUGGUCAAAGAACAUUCAAUGAAAGAGACAAGACAAAGGGGGAGCAUAGCAUGAAGACAAAAUUCAAUCACAUGCCUCAAAAAGUGAAUCUACCCACUCUUGGGAAUGAUCACGUUGCAGACCCUUGA